UACUCCCUCCGUUUUUAACAUAAUAUUUUUUUUUGUAUUGGAAGAAGACAAAACAAGUUCUUCCACUCUCUCUCUUCGUUGACGAAGCCAAAAUGAGUUACUCAUCUAGCUACUGCCAUUGCACUGUUGAUGCUGCUGAUGAGACUUUCAGCUUCACAGCAACGGUGCAAAAUACAUCAUCCUCAGCAAGUUAGUUUUGGCUUUUACAAUUGCAAUGACAAUGGCUUGUAAUAGCAUCCGAAGUAUCUCUUCACCUAAGAUGAAAUGGAAAUAUGAUGUGUUUGUGAGCUUUAGAGGUGGCGACACACGCAACAAUUUCACUGAUCACCUUUUUGGCACUCUCCAUAAAAAAGGCAUUGUUACCUUCAGGGAUGAUACAAAGCUCAAGAAAGGGGAAAAUAUAUCAUCUGAGCUUCUACAAGCUAUUGAAGGAUCCCGUAUUUUGAUUGUUAUCUUUUCAAGGAACUAUGCUUCUUCAACGUGGUGCUUGAAGGAACUAGUAAAGAUUGCUGAAUGCAUUGAAGUAACAGGACAAAUUGUUCUACCUAUUUUCUAUGAUGUGGAUCCAUCUGAGGUGCGAAAGCAAAGCGGAGAUUAUGAAAAAGCCUUUAGGGAUCAUGAAGAAAGAUUCAAAGGAAAUUUAGAGAAAGUGCAAAGAUGGAGAGGAGCCCUAGCACAAGUAGCCGAACUCUCUGGUUGGGAUGUAAGGGAUCAGCCACAAUAUGCAGAGAUUGGAAAAAUUAUUAAAGAGGUAACAUGCUUAUUGAGUCACAAAUCUUCAACUUUACCUAACGAUAUAGUUGGGAUGCACUCACGAGUCGAAGAAUUAGAAAAGCUUUUGAUUAUGGACUCAGAUGAUGAUGUUCGAGUGGUAGGGAUUUGUGGAAUGGGUGGAAUAGGGAAGACUACUCUUGCUACUGCUUUGUAUGAUAGAAUCUCUAAUCAAUUUGAUGCUUGCUGCUUUAUUGAGGAUGUAAGUAAAAUUUACGGAGACCAUGGCCCGAUUGGAGUGCAAAAGCAACUUCUUUGUCAAACUCUAAAUGAAGAAAAUCUUCAGAUAUGCAAUCUUUUCAUGGCAUCUAAUCUGAUACGCACUAGGCUAUGUCAAAUAAAAUCCCUUAUAGUUCUUGAUAAUGUUGAUCAAGUUGAACAACUGGAUAAAUUGGCUAUGACACGAGAAUGGCUAGGCACAGGGAGUAGAAUCAUCAUAAUUUCUAGAGAUGUUCAUAUCUUGAGAGAGCAUGGAGUAGAUGAAGUGUACAAAGUUCGACUCUUGGAUCAUAAUAAUGCCCUUCAAUUGUUUUGUAGGAAGGCUUUCAAGAGUGAUGAUAUCAUGAGCGGUUACAUAUACUUGACAGAUGAUGCACUAACAUAUGCCAAUGGCCUUCCAUUAGCAAUUAAAGUUUUGGGCUCAUUUUUGUAUGGCCGAGAUGUCUCUGAAUGGAGAAGUGCAUUGGCAAGGUUAAGAGAAAACCCAAGGACAGAUAUUAUGGAUGUACUUCGAAUUAGUUUUGAUGGACUAGAGGAUACAGAAAAGGAUAUAUUUUUAGAUAUUGCUUGUUUCUUUUAUAAAAAAUCGGAGACAUACGUGAAUAAAGUUUUAGAUUUUCGUGGAUUUCAUCCUGAAAUUGGUUUAAGAGUUCUUGUUGAUAAGUCAUUCAUAACCUGUGAGAACGGGAGAAUUUUUAUGCAUGAUUUGUUCAAAGAACUAGGCAAGAGUAUCGUUAGGGAAAAAUCACCCAAAGAACCAAGAAAGUGGAACAGGAUGUGGGACUACAAGGAUGUCCACAAUGUUAUAUCAGAAAACAUGGCAACAUCAAACCUUGAAGCCAUAGUUCUGAGGCGUUAUCCAGAAAAUAUUGAAGAAAUACAGGGGAUGACAACAUUGAGAACUGAAGCUUUAGCACAAAUGAGUCGCCUUAAAUUGCUCAUGCUGUGGAAUUUGAAUUUCUCAGGAAGUCUCAAUUUUCUUUCUAGUCAUUUGGGGUAUCUCUGUUGGGAUAAAUAUCCUUUCACUUGUUUGCCAUCAAGUUUCCAGCCGGAUAAACUUGUUGAACUGGUCCUACCUCGUAGCAACAUCAGGCAACUAUGGGAGGGCACAAAGUGUUUACAUAAUUUGACACAUAUUGAUCUCUCUCACUCGGAAAAUCUUAUCAUGAUGCCCGAUUUCUUGGAGAUUCCAAAUCUUGAGUUGCUAGAUCUUGAAGGAUGUAUAAAACUCCAGCAGAUCGAUCCAUCCAUUGGUAUCUUAAGAAGGCUUUCCAAAUUAAAUUUGAAAAAUUGUAGAAAUCUGGUAAGUAUUCCUAGCAAUAUUUUUGGUCUGAGUUCUCUCAAACAUCUAAAUCUCUCAGGCUGUCCAAAUUUACUUAAUAAUAAGAUGUUAGAGAGACAAAGGCAAAAUGAACAUUUGGAGAUGCUUGAUAUUAAAGAAUGUACUACUCAAUACCAACCAACAUCCUUCAUCUACAAAGUUCUAAAGCCGCACUUUCCAUUUUCUUUUUUUCGAAAACGCGAAGAUUCGGUUGGUUUAUUGUUGCCUUCGUUGUCUUGUCUGUCAUGUCUGCAAUAUCUUGACCUAAGUUUCUGCAAUCUUUUUCAAAUCCCUAAUGCAAUUGGAAGGCUACAUUGCUUAGAAAUUCUAAAUGUGGGAGGAAACAAUUUUGUUACUCUACCUUCUAGCAUCAAGGAACUUUCCAAACUUAGACAGUUGAACUUGGAGCAUUGUAAACAGCUGAAAUAUUUGCCUGAGCUCUCAUCAAAUACUGUCUUGCCAGUAGGAAAAACAUUUUUUGGUAGAUAUGUAGCUGGAUUAUAUAUUUUUGACUGCCCCGGUUUAAUUGAGAUGGAAUGCUGUUAUAGAAUGGCUUUUUCUUGGAUGAUACAACUCCUGAAGGUGCACAUGCAAUCCUACCUCCCAAUGGGUCAGAUAAAUUUUGUUAUUCCCAAAACUCAAAUUCCAACGUGGUUCAACAAACAAAAUGUAGGUAGUUCAAUAAGCAUUGACCCAUCACCUGUUAUGCAUGACAAUUUGAUAGGCGUUGCUUGCUGCUUAACUUUUGUAGCACGUGAUGGUCCAACUAAUUUAAGUGAGACAGGUCAAUAUCAGGAUAAUCCGACUAAUUUAGGUGCAGGAUGGUCACCUUAUAUUGGAUUUGGUUUUAAAAGUAAACAUUGUGGACGCUUUCCCAUUAUUCCCAUACAUCUUGGAAAAGAUCUGGUCACAGUUGAUUUAGAUCACUUGUUGCUAAUUCUUUUCACUAGGGAAGAAUUUAUUAAUUAUUAUAUGAAUUAUAUAACAAAGGGAUUGCAUGAUAUUAGUGGUAUUGAAUUGACAGCUGUAGUUGAGCAGCCCCUUGGUUUGCAUUUGGAGGUAAAAAAUUGUGGUUAUCAUUGGAUAUUUAAGGAGGAUCUGGAACAUUUAAACCCACAAAUGAUGUACAGUGGAAAUUCCUCAGUUCAGCCAUAAGUGUUUCUAUUUUAUAGAUGAUAUUAAGCUGAUUUUUUUGACAGUUCUCUUUUUAUGCGUGUCAAUAUUAAUGUACAUUGUUACAAUGAUAAUGAACAUGCUUAGUGAUUGACUGUCUCUGAAGAUCUAUUGCUAAAUGACUGAGUCUUGGAUUUAUUUAUCUUAA